AUGUCUAUCAUUAUCUACAGUAAAAUGGCAGAGGCCAGAAUCUCAGUGGGUCAGGACCAGUUUACCUGUUCGAUCUGUCUGGAUCUACUGAACGAUCCGGUGACUAUUCCCUGUGGGCACACUUACUGUAUGGGCUGUAUUAAGGGCUGCUGGGAUCAGGAUGAUCAUACUGGUGUCUACAGCUGUCCCCAGUGCAGAGAGACCUUCACCCCAAGGCCUGUGUUAAACAAAAACACCAUGUUUGCUGAAGUGGUGGAGAACCUGAAGAAGACAGUUGCUCCUUCUGCUCACUGUUACGCUGGACCUGGAGACGUGGCAUGUGAUGUCUGUGCUGUUAGAAAGCGCAAAGCUUCCACAUCCUGUCUGGUGUGUCUGGCCUCUUACUGUGAAACUCACCUCCAGCCUCAUUAUGAAUCUCCUGCUUUUAAGAGGCACAAACUGGUCCAGGUCACUGGAAACUUGCAGGAGAAGAUCUGCUCUCAUCAUGACAAGCUGCUGGAGGUUUACUGUCGUACUGAUCAGCAGUGUAUCUGUCUGCUGUGCAUGGUGGAGGAACACAGAGGCCAUGAUACAGUCUCAGCUGCAGCAGAAAGGACUGAGAAACAGAAGCAUCUGGGGAAGACACAGAGCAAAUUUCAGCACAGAAUCCAGGAGAGGGAGAGGAAGCUGAAGGAUCUGAGACAGGCUGUGGAGUCACUCACGUGUUCUGCACAGGCAGCAGUGGAGGACAGUGAGAGGAUCUUUAGUGAGCUGAUGCACUCCUUUAAGAGAUGGCGUUUCGAGGUGAAAAAGCUGAUCAGAAAUCAGGAGAAGGCUGCAGUGAGUCGGGCUGAAAGACUCCUGGAGCGACUGGAGCAGGAGAUUGCUGAGCUGAGGAGGGGAGAGGCUGAGCUGGAGCAGCUUUCACACACAGAGGAUCACAUCCAUUUCCUCCAGAACUGUCAGUCUCUCUGUGCCCUGCCUGGUUCUGGAGACUUACCCAGCAUCACUGUCAAUCCACACGUCUCUUUUGAGGCUGUGAGGAAAUCUUUCUCUGAACUGAAAGAGCAACUGGAGGAUAUCUGCAAGGGGAAAUUAGAGAAGAUCUGUGAAACAGUGAAAAACUUACAUAUUCUAGAGCCCAGGACCAGAGAGGACUUCUUACAACAGGAAGAUCCAGCCACAGACUGUGCAUUUUGCUUUAUUCCUGUCAGCUCACACUGGACCUCAAUACAGCGCAUAGAAACCUCCGUCUGUCUAGACGGAAGAGAGUGGUGACACGUGUGGAAGAGACCCAGGCAUAUCCUGAUCAUCCAGAAAGAUUCAGCUACUGGCCCCAAGUACUGU